AGUCGAUAGCUGUUCAAAUAACGCACCGUGAAAAACACACACAGCUACACCGUUCGACUCGCGCUGGAUAUUAAUCUUACUCGUAUUUCCACACAAACCUGGAGCAAACAUAUGUUACGGUAGAAAGCCCAGGACCGCUGAUUUCGUAUCGUCAGCGCAAGGCUAGAGCGGUUGGUAUCUCCCACCCAUUGCGCGCGCCCGCCGACGACUCGAUUAUAGUGUUAAAGAGGAACUGAUCUUUGCAUUUUAACGCUGCAGCUCGUCUCAGCGGGGAUAUUCGGAGGCCUGUCUCGGCGAUGGCGGGUGCGCGGUACGGCUGGUGGCUGGGCCUGGCGCUGAUUGUGACGGUCUGGGGGGCUCCGGGGCGCUCCCAGAAGUGGCUAGAAGACCUGGAUGCUCCCAUGUAUCGACGGGACCGUCACCAAGAUGUCGUGGACGUCAGGAUGCCCGGCGUUCGUCCGGAAAAGCGUGACUCAUACUUCUGCUACAAGUUCAAGGUGCCGCAGGGAGAACCGUCUUACAUAGUGGGGUUCGAGCCGAAGACGGUCGAGCACGCGGCACAUCACAUGCUGCUGUUCGGGUGCAAGGUCCCCGGCAAUGCGGACCAGGACGUCUGGAACUGUGGAGAGAUGAGCGGCUCGACCAUCCACCCGACCUGCCGUGAUGGGGUGCAGGUCCUUUACGCCUGGGCUCAUAACGCGCCGUCUCUACAACUGCCGAAAGAUGUCGGCUUCGAAAUUGGCGGGAACACAGACAUCAAGUACCUGGUGCUGCAGGUGCACUACAAUGACGUCAGCAAGUUCAAAGGGGGCGCAACGGACAAUUCUGGGGUCGGCCUCCAAGUGACGGACGUUCCACAGAAGUACCUGGCUGGGGUGUAUAUUCUCGGGAACGGCGAAGGAACCAUCCCUGCACACUCCUCAGCGGCGCUUGACACGGCCUGCAUGUAUCAGGAGGACACUGUUCUUCACCCGUUCGGCUUCAGAACCCACGCUCACAAGCUAGGCACGGUGAUCUCCGGGUACCGCAUCCGGGACGGACAAUGGGAGGAGAUCGGCAAGAAAAGUCCGCAGCAGCCGCAGAUGUUCUACCCUGUAAGCAACAAGGGAAUGACCAUCAAACGAGGGGACAUACUGGCUGCAAGAUGCUCGUACAAGAAUAAUCUGGACCAUGACGUGCGCAUAGGGGCCACAGGUGCUGACGAGAUGUGUAACUUCUACAUCAUGUACUACACCACGAGCCGCCAGCCCCUGACGCAGAACGACUGUUGGCGGGAGGACUUCCACUGGGAAAAAGUCUUCAGCAACAUCCCCAAAGACGCAGGCUCUCUCUAAAGGUUUCCUUGAAAGACCCAAAUAUACUGUACCGAUGUACAUUGAUAUAGAAGGACGCAACUUUCAAUAACGGGAUUGAGAAAUCUGUUAGAUUCUCAAAUUAUUUAAUUACCUUACAUUAGAUAUGAGAUCCUCCCGUAUCUGUAUGCUUCGUUUUUGACGAAGGUGGUGCGUCCGUUUGCACCAGAUUCGCGAACCGUUUUGGCGUUGUAUAAGAGAAGGAGGUUUCUGCAUUAUACACUUGGGUGGUACAUGGUGUGUGAAGUUGAAGGUACAUGGUAUGUGCCUUUAACCGUGGGUUAACUCUACACUUUGGCUGUACUUGGGGCCGGCCUUUAGAUAUAAAUGAGGUUAAUCUUUUCUCAAGACGCAAGCCUGUGCCUGUAUUUGUCUUAACAGCAGAAAUGCUGAACUCCAGUAUUGAAGUUUAUGUUCGUUUAUAUACGUGGGAUAGGGCAGUUACUUAUGUUUCUUUGUCAUGCUUUUUAAACAAGAUUGCAUUAUAAUCAAUUUUAUUGACUCCAAAGAUUGUUAGAGUAGCUGGUUGUACAAAAUUGCAAAAGAUUGCAAGACUAUUAAACGGGAGAGAUAUUAUUCAAGAA